CCCGAGACCCGCCUCCUCGCGAGCCUCUCCGCCCGGUUCGGCGGCGAAGAGGAGGAUGCGUGAGGGCUCUCAGGGGAUCGCCAGGCGGCGGCGCUGCCACACGGCCAGCUUAUAGCAGCAGCUAAAUGGAGUCUGAGCAGCUGUUCCAUAGAGGUUAUUAUCGAAAUAGCUACAACAGUAUAACUAGUGCAAGCAGUGAUGAAGAACUUCUCGAUGGAGUAGGUGUCAUAAUGGAUUUUCAGACAUCUGAAGAUGAUAAUUUGUUAGAUGGUGAUGCAUGCAUAGCUGGAACUCAUUAUACAAUGACAAAUGGUGGAAGUAUUAAUAGUACAACACAUUUGCUGGACCUUUUGGACGAGCCCAUUCCUGGGGUUGGAACCUAUGAUGACUUCCAUACUAUUGAUUGGGUGCGGGAGAAAUGCAAAGACAGAGAGAGACACAGAAGGAUCAACAGCAAGAAGAAGGAAUCAGCAUGGGAGAUGACAAAGAGUUUGUAUGAUGCAUGGUCAGGAUGGCUGGUUGUAACACUAACUGGAUUAGCAUCAGGUGCACUGGCUGGCUUGAUAGACAUUGCUGCAGACUGGAUGACUGAUUUAAAAGAAGGUAUUUGUCUCAGUGCCCUAUGGUUCAACCAUGAGCAGUGUUGCUGGGCAUCAAAUGAAACAACAUUUGAGGAGCGAGAUAAAUGUCCACUAUGGAAAACAUGGGCAGAACUGAUAAUUGGUCAGGCAGAGGGACCAGGUUCCUAUAUAAUGAACUACAUAAUAUAUAUAUUUUGGGCUUUGAGUUUUGCUUUCCUGGCAGUUUCUCUUGUUAAAGUGUUUGCUCCUUAUGCCUGUGGCUCUGGGAUUCCAGAGAUUAAAACUAUAUUGAGUGGCUUCAUUAUUAGAGGAUACUUGGGGAAGUGGACCUUGUUGAUAAAAACAGUCACUUUAGUCUUGGCUGUAGCCUCAGGGUUGAGUUUAGGAAAAGAAGGUCCUCUUGUACACGUUGCCUGUUGCUGCGGAAAUAUCUUUUCCUACCUCUUUCCGAAGUAUAGUACAAAUGAAGCCAAAAAAAGGGAGGUAUUAUCAGCUGCUUCUGCAGCUGGAGUAUCAGUAGCCUUUGGUGCCCCCAUUGGUGGAGUCCUUUUCAGCCUAGAAGAAGUCAGUUACUACUUUCCCCUGAAAACUUUGUGGCGAUCGUUUUUUGCUGCGUUGGUGGCUGCAUUUGUUUUGAGAUCAAUCAAUCCUUUCGGUAACAGUCGGCUAGUGCUUUUCUAUGUGGAAUACCAUACUCCGUGGUACUUAUUCGAACUGUUGCCAUUCAUUCUGCUGGGUGUGUUUGGUGGGCUCUGGGGAGCCUUUUUCAUUCGUGCAAACAUCGCUUGGUGCCGUCGACGCAAAUCAACCAAGUUUGGAAAGUACCCAGUUCUGGAGGUCAUUAUUGUAGCAGCGAUAACGGCUGUCAUUGCUUUCCCAAACCCGUACACCCGAGUCAACACCAGUGAGCUUAUUAAGGAACUCUUCACGGACUGUGGCCCCUUGGAAUCCUCCUCCCUUUGUGAUUACAGAAACAACAUGAACGUCAGUAAAAUAGUAGAUGAUAUUCCUGACAGUCCAGCAGGCACUGCUGUGUAUUCAGCGAUAUGGCAGCUGUGUUUAGCACUUAUAUUUAAGAUUAUAAUGACCGUUUUCACCUUUGGCAUCAAGGUUCCUUCAGGCUUGUUCAUACCUAGUAUGGCAGUUGGAGCAAUUGCUGGGAGAAUUGUGGGAAUUGCGGUGGAGCAGCUUGCUUACUAUCACCAUGAUUGGUUUAUCUUCAAGGAGUGGUGUGAGGUUGGAGCAGACUGUAUAACACCAGGCCUCUAUGCUAUGGUUGGUGCUGCUGCAUGCUUAGGUGGAGUGACAAGGAUGACUGUAUCACUGGUGGUUAUUGUCUUUGAGUUAACAGGCGGGCUAGAAUACAUUGUGCCGCUCAUGGCUGCAGUCAUGACAAGCAAGUGGGUAGGAGAUGCCUUUGGCAGAGAAGGUAUCUACGAAGCACACAUUCGUCUGAAUGGAUAUCCCUUCCUGGAUGCCAAGGAAGAGUUUACCCACACGACACUGGCCGCAGACGUCAUGAGACCUCGAAGAAAUGAAGCACCCUUGGCAGUGCUCACGCAAGAUAACAUGACAGUGGAUGAUAUAGAAAAUUUGAUAAAUGAGACCAGCUAUAAUGGUUUCCCUGUUAUCAUGUCAAAAGAAUCUCAAAGGCUAGUGGGAUUUGCUUUAAGGAGAGAUUUGACUAUUGCAAUAGAAAGUGCCCGAAAGAAACAGGAAGGCAUUGUGGGCAGUUCCAGGGUCUGUUUUGCCCAGCAUACCCCUUCGCUUCCAGCAGAAAGCCCUCGGCCAUUGAAGCUUAGAAGCAUUCUUGACAUGAGCCCUUUUACUGUAACAGAUCACACACCAAUGGAGAUCGUGGUGGAUAUUUUCCGCAAACUCGGCCUCAGGCAGUGUCUCGUAACACACAAUGGGAUUGUCUUGGGGAUCAUCACAAAGAAGAAUAUAUUAGAGCAUCUCGAGCAACUAAAGCAGCACGUCGAACCCUUGACGCCUCCUUGGCAUUAUAACAAAAAAAGAUAUCCUCCGUCAUAUGGCCCAGACGGCAAACCAAGACCCCGCGUCAAUAAUGUUCAACUGAACCCAGUAACUGAGGAAAGAGAGGAGAGUGAAGAGGAGGUUCAUUUGUUGAAUAGCACAACACUUUAGCAUGAGGCAUUGCUUGGCAAUGCAGAAGGAAAGCUGGUCUUAAGGUGAACACGCAACUGGAAUUAAGGAAUUGGUUUAAGAAAAAGUGGAAAGAUGGAGAAAGGACAUUCCUCACAAUAACAAAGAGGAGAAAGAGAAGAGUUCUGCAGUCCCGCACUGGAUGCAUUCUGGGUUGCUAGAUCUGCCAUGAUGGUGCAAUGGGAACUUAUGUCAGAGGACACAAGUAUCCAGUCUUUAUCCUGCUGUUUCACCGUUGGUUAGUCCCCGUUUCUGGAGGGAUUGUUUUGAAUUGAGCCAUCUUUUGGAAACUGGAAUAAUUUCUUCUUUAUACCAUAGACGGUUGUUGUGUCAACUUGUGAAAUCCAUAGUUAUAUUCCACAUCGCCUCUUUUACAUUCCAGAGCGUUUCUUUUUCUUUUUUUAAUUUCCUCUUUCUUUCUCCUGAGCUGUAACAGCCUCUUCGCAAUCGGCGUGUCCUUUCGAAAUGGUAGUUUCUCAUAUUGAGAUGUACUGUGACCUACUGAGUUUUAUCUCACAAGAAGGAAUUGUUUCUUGUGCCAUUUAAACCUAGAGCUUAUUUAUCAUGAAAUUCUUGUGGCAGUUUGGACUCUCUGCAGCAAAAACCACAACGGUGCUGGUAAAAUAACAUGUGAAAAGCAUGUUAGAAACCCGGCACUUUGUGAGCUGCAAUAUAAAACAGCCCAAACCUGUCUCAAGAAAGAAUGUUUCUCUUGCAAGAUAAUAAUGUGACCUGGGCUUAUGCAAUUUUUUGUAUUAUUAAAAACACUAAGGUUUAUGUACUAAUGUUGUGCAGUACAAGGAAGAUACUGCUAUUCUACUAAGACCAGGAAGAGUUCUAUAUCAAUGUGUAUGUGGUAACAACUGCAUGCUCAAAACACUGGAGAUUUCCCCCCUAAAUUAAGAUCCAGCACGCUAUGUUUCCCAUUUCUACAAAAAGAUUGAAAAAAUUAUAAUCAUAAGUUGCACUAGAUAUACAUAGAUAUUUUACCAUGAUUUUAUUUAUAUUUUUAUGGAUUAAAAAUAUACUAAAUACAGUUUAGUCAAACAGUUAAUUUUACAUUUAUAACAUGAUUUUUAUACACGAAGACUCCUUUAUUAGCAAAGGGUGUGCCAGACAAGAGCUUAGCAGUCGAAAAAGAUUUUUGUAUUUCUUUCUAACCCAAUUGAUACUUGAUUGCCAUCACUACUGCUUGUUUUUAAUCAAAUUACUAGAAUGCUAAGAAAUUCAGCAUUUGUAAACAAUGCAAAGUGUAAAGAAUAUCAAUAUUUAAAUUGCAGACAUACAGAUUUCUUUUCAAAAAAUAGGAAUGUUGAAGUGUAGCAGCCGAAGAGAUGACUCAGUCGUAAUUCUAAUCUCUUCUUACUUGAAAAGAUAUGUAGGAUUUACGUCUCAUUUACAGUAUACACAAACAGGAAUUACUUGACAACUUACUAGAACAUAAUGUUACGUUUUUGGUCCCAAUUAUAAAUUUCUUUGAAUCAGACUUGAAGACUAAAGAUGAUUACAGUAUUGAUUAAAAGAAAAGGAAAAAGAAGUGCAAAUGUUUGGAAGUCAGGCAUCCCAAAGCUUACCUCGUUUAACACAAUGGGCUGUUUGGACAUUUUGUUGCAUACCUUUGGAAGGACUGAAGGCUGCACGGAAACCUCGACAUGCACAGUGUGGCUUCUGACUCUUUAUACCUACUCAGUGGCACCCUACCUCAUUUAAUAAGACCUGUUUAAUACUCUGGAAUCGCUAAACUUGUCCAGGCAGCAAAGGAAGCUGCUGUCAAAGAGGCAAAAAGAACCAGAAGCCCAACCUGCAUGCAUUUAUGCUCAUCUCCCAGCUGUUUAUUUUUAUUUACCACAUUUGUACCCUGUCCCAUCAACCCUGAAAGGGACUCAGAGAAGCCUCACACAUCGGCAACAAUGCUAUAAUAACAUCAUACAAGUAAAUAAACAUUUACAUUCCACAUCUUGCCACAGCAAGUUAAUAUGCUUUUAAGUUUUUGAUAUCCAAAUACCCAAGUGAGUUAAUGGGAAGUCAGCAUGCUUUUAAGAACUGAAAACAAGUGCUUUACUAACUGGCUGAAAUACUGGUUUGUAACACUGUUCAUUCUAUAUCAAAUACUUCAAUAGAUUUGGGGAUGAUUUUCAUUACUUCCUAAUUGUGUUCAGUGUGGCUCCACUUUUCUUUUUUGCCUUGAACUCAACAGUUUGUUGAGAAAUUCAAUGAGUUUGGCUCCGGUUGGAUUCGGUUUCCUUUCCUUUGAUGGAAAAUUGCAUCUUCGCUUAGAGGAAAAAGCAACCUUUUGCUCCAAAUCACUGUUUUAAAAUACCUAUUAAAUGCUCAUAAUGGAAGAACCCACCCAUAUGCUUUUUUUUUUUUUUUUUUUUGCUGCUGGGGUAUAAAACUGGAAUAACUGUUCAGUUGGAGCCUUUGGCUAGUCAAGAUAAUUUGGCCUUUGUGUAAACCAUUCAAGAGAUCGCUUGUGAUGUUUUCAUCCUUCCAACUUGAAAUUAAAAAAAAUAAUUGGCCAUGGGCCGGGGCUGUGUGUGAUUCAUCUGACUUUGGCUCCAAUCAUGUGUAUCUUAAACCAAAAAUUCUUUCCCCAAGCCCCACUUUCUAAUUCCUAAGGCUUUGAAACUCCUCUCCAGCCACUUUACUCUUAAGACACUCACUCUGUGUAUUAUUAUCAAUGCAGUACCCUCAGACUGCCCUUUGUAGCAUGAAAGGAUAGCAGUUCAUGCCCUUGAUGUGUCUUAUAUAAAUGUUAGAUCUUCACAUUUAGUAUUUCAUAUCUAUAUUGUGCUGAUCUAAUAAACUUUGUUUGCUCUUCUUGACCUGAUAAGUUUCCCUUACAGGCACAUCAAGAUGCGUCACGAGAUUCUGAAACUGAAAUAAGCGUGCCUGUGCUGUGCAACAAAAACUACUACUAAUAAUGUAAAAAUUUGCAGCGCCUUAUUCAAGCUGGGACAGGAUGUGGUGUUUGGGGGGAGGGAUGUUAGCAUCUUUUCUGUUCGUAACAAUUUAGUUGGUGGUUCAUGAAGAAUGCAUAGUUUGUUAAUCUGUGAUAUUUCCUAGAACUGUAUUAAACAUUGAUCUCAAUGUUUUUUUAUUUAUACUAGUGUGGUAGAUUUGCAUAUCAUUACAGUAAAAUAAAAUCCAAUUACUGUGAUGAUUUCAUUAGGAAACAUUAAACAUUCUGUAUGACCA